AUGUCCGCCAACUCGCUGAACAAGAUCGCGCCCAACAGCCCCUCGAGGCAGAACCCCUCUGAGAUCGAGACCAGCAUCGCCAGCGCGUUGACUGACCUCGAGAACAACGUCCCCGACCUGAAGGCUUCUCUGCGCCCUCUCCAGUUCGUCUCUGCUCGCGAGAUCGAGGUUGGCCACGGACGCAAGGCUAUUGUCAUCUUCGUCCCUGUCCCCCUUCUGUCCGGAUGGCACAAGGCCCAGCAGCGUCUCACCCGUGAGCUCGAGAAGAAGUUCUCCGACCGCCACGUCCUGAUCGUUGCUUCCCGCCGCAUCCUUCCCCGCCCCAAGCGCUCCAACCGCUCGCGCACCACCCAGACCCAGAAGCGUCCCCAAUCCCGGACUCUCACCGCUGUACACGACGCCAUCCUGACCGACCUCGUCUACCCCGUCGAGAUUGUCGGCAAGCGUCUCCGUACCCGCGAGGACGGCAGCAAGAUCCUCAAGGUUGUCCUUGACGAGAAGGAGCGCGGCGGUGUUGACUACAGGCUCGACACCUACAGCGAGGUGUACAAGCGCCUUACUGGCAAGGGCGUCAACUUCGAGUUCCCCCAGAGCCAGCAGACCGACUACUAG